AUGACUCUCAUAUCAUCAUCUCUUCAAAACGAAAUUGAUGAUCUAACUCAACGUCGUAUCUUAUUCAAACAAAAAUGGAUUGAUAAACAACGAAAUAUUUCUGAUUUACUUACAUCGGCUGUUAGUGCUUGUCGUUCAAGUGCUCAUGAUAUUCAUUCUAAUGAAUCACAACAACAAGAACAACAGCAACAACAACUACAACAAGAGCUAUCGUCAGAUACACUUGAUGAUCCAGAUUUUGAACGUUUAUUUAUUGAUUAUCUCACUAAACAUGCACCUGUCUCAAUUGCAACUAUCGCUCAGGUAUUUUCCAAAGAAGAUGAACAAAUCAAUUAUUUAUUAAAAAAAUUAAAAAUUAAACUUAAUAUUGAUGGUAAAACUAUUUUACCUUUUGAUCAUGUUGAUCAAUUAUUAACUUCAAAUUUAUCAAAAUCUUCUUCUAUUUCAAUAAAACGAUCACUUCCAUCAUGGAUGGGUUUACCAUCACGUCGUCGUACAUUAUUACCUCGUGAACGUCCACCUCGUCAACUUGUUCAUUUACUUUCACAUUUAACUGUACGAGAAUUAGAACAAGAAAAUUUUAAUGUACAAAUGGAUCGAUUACUUAAUCGACAAACAGCUAUGGAAAAAAUGCUUUCACGUCGUUUUCGUACAAAUGAUACAAUACAAGAAUAUUGUCAAUAUACAACACGUGAUGAAUGUCCUUUAGCAAGUCCACAUUUACGUCUUCAUUCUCGAUCAUCAUCAACAUCAUCGGAUGAUGAACAACAAAUAACUGAAGAUGAUUUACAAAUACAUAAGAAAAAAAGAAAACGAGAUGAUUCAAUUGAUUUAAAUGAACAAACAAAACAUUCAUCACGUUAUCAUAAAAAAAAUGGAAGAAAUAUAAAUACAUGUGGUAAAGUUCAUUUUAGACGUUUAAUUAAACCACAUACAGAUCGUUCACUUGGUGAUUGUUCUUUUCUUAAUACUUGUUUUCAUAUGGAAACAUGUAAAUAUAUUCAUUAUCAAAUAGAUAAAACUGAUUUUACACCAUCAUCUAGUAAUAAUAAGACAAAACGUCAUUUACCAAUUGUUGAACGCAUUAGUCCAGGUUCAUUACCACCACAAUGGGUUCAAUGUGAUUUACGUCAAUUUGAUAUGUCAGUACUUGGAAAAUUUUCUGUUAUUAUGGCUGAUCCACCUUGGGAUAUUCAUAUGGAAUUACCAUAUGGAACGAUGGCUGAUGAAGAAAUGAGAAGACUUGCUAUACCAUCAUUACAAGAUGAUGGAUAUAUAUUUUUAUGGGUGACUGGUCGUGCAAUGGAACUUGGACGUGAAUGUCUUCGUAUAUGGGGUUAUCAACGAUGUGAUGAAAUAAUAUGGGUUAAAACAAAUCAAUUACAACGUAUUAUUCGUACUGGUCGUACUGGUCAUUGGCUUAAUCAUGGUAAAGAACAUUGUCUUGUUGGUGUUAAAGGUUCAACUGCUGGAAUGAAUCGUGGUCUUGAUUCGGAUGUUAUUGUUGCUGAAGUACGUGCAACAUCACGUAAACCAGAUGAAAUAUAUGGUAUGAUCGAACGAUUAUCACCACGAACACGUAAAGUUGAAUUAUUUGGACGACCACAUAAUGUUCAACCGAAUUGGACUACACUUGGUAAUCAAUUAGAUGGUGUUCGUUUAAUUGAACCUGAUGUUGUUCGAAGAUUUCGACAAAGAUAUCCACAUGGAUAUAGUAUGACAACAGCUAAUCAACAGCACGAAAUAAAAACAUCAGUAACAAAUCAACAAAUAAAUUCAAAAUAA